UGUAUCAACAUUUGGCUUACAGAAUUGAUGGCACAUGGAGUCAAGCUUCUGUUUGUUGGUUUAAUAAUUUAGUUUUAUAUGGAAACUGAUUGUUAUAUGUUUUUGUUUCAUUCCAAGGUACAUGGACACCUUUCAACCCUGUGACUGUUAGAUCAAUUAUAUCUAUGUUUGAUCGGGAGAACAAAGGUGGGGUUAACUUUAAUGAAUUUGCCGGCGUUUGGAAGUACAUCUCAGACUGGCAGAACAUCUUCCGCACCUACGACAGGGACAACUCAGGGUUUAUCGACAAGAACGAGCUCAAACAGGCUCUCACCGGCUUUGGUUAUCGUCUUUCAGAUCAGUUCUACAACACACUGAUAGAGAAAUUUGACCGUCAGAAGAAGAGCCAAGUGGCUUUUGAUGACUUCAUUCAGUGCUGUAUUGUACUUCAGAGGUUAACUGACGUCUUCCGGCGGUAUGACACAGAUCAGGACGGUUGGAUCCAGGUGUCAUACGAGCAGUAUCUCUCAAUGGUCUUCAACGUGGUAUAGCACAACACAAGCACGCCUGCACUCUCCUGUGCCAAACAACAAAUGUCCCUCCCCAUGCAGUCUGUAGCAGAGACUAGUCAACACUACCCUCUACAGGACAACACAGGGACGGGAUCUUUAUGACUCUUCAUUCCAUCUGUCUGUUAGUAGUUAUAUCAUAUUUCUUUAUUACCUUAACUAUUAUUAUUGAAAGAAUGAUGGAAUAUCACUCUCUCUGUGUUUAAGGAAUGUUGACAUUGUGAAAAUCAUAUUACGUCUCAGUUGCAUGCUUUCUGAUAAACCUCCUUAAUGUCAAAGCAUGAACUAAUAUUUCUUUUUGUGGCUGAAUUCAUGUUUACAAUGAAAUACUGUGAGAGCAGGUUGUGUUUCGCCAUAAUAAGAUCCUUUUAUUUGGAUUGACUGUCAGCUCUUCCAUAUAUUUGUAAAGAAUUAUAUUUUUAAUCUGCACAAUGUAAUUCAACCUUUUAUUUUAGGAAGGACAUAUGCUUUUGUAUGCCUUUUUCAUGCAUGAUGCCUUACAACUGUUAAAAUAACAAAAAAAGAUAACUGUUUUAUUAAAAACUGGAACCUGUUUGAAAA